AUGGACGAGAACGAAGACGAAGAUGAAGAGCAGGAUAAUCAGCUUAAGCUUCUGAACAUUAUCACAGAAUUUAAGAAGAAAGCAGCCAAGUCUAAGAGAUCUGCGGCAUUCAACAAGCAAGUCGCAGCUGAGUUCGUCGAGGUCCGAGAGAAAACUGAAGCGUUUGUCAAGGAUAUGAAUGCCUACAUUGACCAAGUCUUGGUCGACACGAGCGAGAUGCGAGAUAAGGAAAAGAUGGGAGAACGUAGAUUGGCGCAGGACGCUCAGCAAUGGAGGACAACCAGCGUGCGUAUAAUCACCACCCCGGAUGGACUCAGCGCCGCGCUCGCAAUGGUACCAUCGCUUUUAAAAGAGAUUUCAUUCAAACGGUCCCAGGAGGUGAAUGACGGAUGCGAACGGGUUGAAUCCCAGCCGGCGCUCCGCGAAAGACAUCGCAGACGGCUAAUGCGGAAAGCUAAGUCUGACCUAAAGAGUAUCGCCGAGGAGGAGCAGGUUGCAUCGGAUGCGAGGGCACUGAUCAAGCAGUACAAGAAUCUGAUACGCCUGUGA